AUGGACACUCGCUUUACCAACCUGCCACCAUGCGAAGCCUCGAUUGAGCAGCUAUUCAAAGAUUUACCAGAUCCCGAAUCCGAAGAUAAUAACGACAAGCCGUGGCGUCAAUACUCGAAGUACAAAAAUGCGCUUUCUAAGUUUCUGAAGACAGAGAUGACCAGCAGACGGGAGCAUAUCGACGAAUGCAUACUUUUCAGGGCCGUUGCUUACCAUAUGCUAUCCAACUGGGCUCCAAAAAUACGUCCUCCGCGUUAUCAGUUCAUCGAGACCAUGGCUAAUUUUUUCCUGGACUUACCGCUCAUCGGCGAUCAAGACUCAGCCAAAUUACGAUACUUUCGUUAUUGCAAGUGGAUUUUCCAAGGUAGAAAGGACAGCUACAAUCACCGCCACCAAGCGACAGCGGCAGGAGGUGAACAUAAUGGACCAACUCAACGUCGCCGUGAUUUCAGCCAUCUAACCAAGUCGCUAACCGUUCCUUCACAUUGUAACUAUUGUCAAAAGCCAGAGGUCAAGUUCACAUGCUCUGGCUGCGCACGAAAGAAUUCCGGCUCCUUGACGAUUGCUACUGGUUAUUGUGGAAAGGAUUGCCAGACUCUCGACUGGAAUAACCACAAAGGGAUUUGCUUCGAUCGUAAGCGUCUUGGCCGAGCUGUAAAUCUCACAAGAAAACUUAUGGGCGUCGUGGAAUAUAGACUUAGCAAUCUGACUUUGGAGGGUACCUUUGAAAUUGACGGCAUAUUGUGCCUGACUGAAGAAUCCCGAGCCCAAAGAGCAUUGAGAGGUGAUUGUUUUCUCAAAGAAAUCAAUUCUAAAAAUUACCUGGAAAAUGUUGAUGUGGGGCACAUUCAGCAGGCAGUAGAAGACCAAUACUUCACGGAUAUACCUCUCGUGUUGUCCAGCUCCAGCCAGAUAUACACUUGGCUCUAUAGUGGUCUCUGCCAUCGCAUUGAAGAAUUCCUUGUAUACGUCAAGAACGCGAACCGUCCUAUCGUCCGCUUUACCGUAGACGACGGUAUCAAGUCCAAUAUGUUACAACCUCACCGCGUAUUGCGCGUAACCAUGAAGUCAGGAGAGCAAUUCGCUGUGGAUCUGGCGUGCGGUCGAUUCGGGUGGGAAGAAUACGUGACACUCUGGGACCACUACAUGAAGGAACGAAUAUUUCGGGUUAUCAGGUCGGAUGACCUAGGAGAGUUUGCGCUCAAGUACAAUAUGAAGAUCCCUCCGUACUACCCCGUGACGGCUAAAGCUAAGGUUCAUCUUCAAUGGUUAGACGAGAUCGUCGAGUAUGCGACAAAACUCCUAGAACAACAGGGAUUAUCGAUACAUUUCGGCUACCACUUCGUAGGAAUGGCAGACCACCAUGCGUAUACGGCAAUCGAAGCUGCGAUCAUUGAAAAGGUAUUGAGUUUCGAUACUGAGAAAAUUGUCGGACCCAAUAGCCUCAGCGGUUGUCAGUAUAGGAUGUAUCUCAAUAACCACGCUGAAGAAUGGGUUGAGUGGAAUUGGACUGAUAAAUUGUACCUGGAAAUGGUGUGGUUGCAAGGCGUGGCUAUGGGAAUCUUCGAGAAUGACCACGAUUUUUGCAAGGAGUUCUGGGUAGUUCAUAUUAGUGCAAUGGGGCUCGGAUUCAAAGAGAAGCCCCCUUCUGCACAAGAGGUACUGUAUGGUGCCACUGUCUUCUCCACCUUUCCCGACCAGGACGCCGAAGGUUACACAGCGGCGAUGCAGAUAGCCAGCGACGUACAAAAUUAG